AUUUUCGUUUUUAUGGAGUCUUAUUUUACCUUUUCAUUGCCUCAAAAUACUUUUGGCGUGUCUUUCUCAGUGAUAGCUUUGAAGCAUUGUGUUUUCUUGUGGCAGCUUCAAAGCAGUGUUGACCACAUUAUCCACGUAGUGUAUGUAUACCACGCUCUUUUGAGAUGACUGCGUGUAAGUAUGUUCUUAAGGUAUUAUUUUAGUACGUAUUAGUCUAAACAAAAUAAGAUGAAAGCGCACGGUAUUACUUCAGCUGUCAAAUUAGCUUUUGGUAGCACGUUUCGCACGGGGAGGACAUUUUGGCAGAACACCGGAACGUUCAACAGGAAGUAUAAUAAAAUAAAAUAAAAAAUAAAAACUUUUCGGGUUUUGAUGUUUCUGUUUAAUCAAUUAUGUUAAUGAAGACGUUUUUAUUAUGUUAGUUUGUAUUGAAUUUUUUUUUUAAUUUUUUUUUAAAAAGUUUUUCGUUGUGUACGUUUUCCCAUUUAGCAUGACGUUGCUAGGGGGACUGAUUAAAGUGAUGCACACGUCUUGAACAUCCGGGUCAUCACGCGAGAACGUAUGGUAAAGUAAAUAUUACUGAACAUUUAUGCUUUAUAUUUUCUUCUUUCAAUAAAUUUCUUUAUAAAAAUGACAUUGUUGACGGAUUAGUUGUGGCCUAGCAAAGAAGCAUAUAGCAGUUCGUUCACCUUGCGAUACUUGAAGUCAAUAUCUGAAUGUUAGCUAAUGUCAUACUGUAUGUAAAAGAAUGUCACCGUGGAUGACAAGGGAGGUCAUGAGGCGGUCUUUACGCUUCUGCAUCAAUUCGUGGAAACACUACAGGACAUUUGCAGACAAUUCACGUUCCACCAAGCAACAGUUAGUACUCAAUCCCUACAAAAUCCAGCUAUUGCAGGUUGAAAGUUUAAGGAGUUCAGUAAAGUUCCACUGGCAGGAUUCCAGUUUGGGAGAAUUAGACAAAAACGAACCAGCUGCUACUCCAGUGGCAGGUUCCUUAGAGCAGAGAGCGAGGAGCCCCCUUUUCAGUGAGCUGGAAAAAUGUGGCUCUCCUUCAGAUGUUCUUGACCUCAGCCAACGAUAUCCGCCCUCGCCUCGUGGAAUCAGCAACUACUUUACAUAUAUGUGGACCAGCGUUAAGAAGAUGUCUGACGAGCAGCGCCGAUGUGAGCUCCAGCUGAUGUUGGAGCAUCCAGCGUUUGAGCUGCUUCUCCAAAACGCCAUGACCAAUGUGGGGUCAAUGCAACCUGAAGAUGUGGCUUACUCUCUUCUGUCUAUGAUUAAUCUUGGUGUCCCACAAAAAAGUCGUGUAGUCCAGCUCUACCUCCGUGCCUGCCAGGAGACGUUGAAUGACUUUGAUGAGAAGAGUCUGUCCAUUUUGGCCUCGUGUCUGGAUCGCAUGGAGAGCACAGCUAACGUGGAUGCACUCAAACAUGGCUUGAGGCUGGUCAUUGAGGUGCGUCUUCCAAUGAUAAAGAGUGUGUUGGCUUUUCAGACCAUGAUGCGUCUCCUGGGUAAAGAUAUGUCGCCUGACCUCAAACGUAAACUUGUGCGAAAGGCCUUCUCAAUGAAAAAGCAGUUCAGCCUUCCCAACGCACAGCACAUGAUCUCCACCAUGGCCAAGAUGGACUUCUAUUCUAAACCACUGCUGGAUAUUUGCAGCCAAAGAAUCGUAGAAGAUCUGCACGGAACCCCUUUUAACAGACUCUUAAAAGUGAUGUUGGCAUGUCGGGAAGUGCGCUACAGAGACUUGGCGCUGCUGACGGGCAUCUCUGACUACGUGGCCUCCACUGUCGAUGUAUGGACGCAAAAGGAGGUAGUCAUCUUCCUGUCUACCUUUGAGAGCUUUGGCUUUUCUUCUGGGUCACUAAUGGAGGCUUUUGCCCAAAAAGUCAUGGCCAACCCAGACACGCUGACGCUUAAAGACCUUCUAUGCGUCCUCAAGGUGUACUCGUCCCUCAACUAUUCCCCUCAGCAUGACAGAGAGACCUUUCUGCAAAGUCUCAAUCAGACUCUGGAUUUCUACCUGCCCAGAAUGUCCGAUUACCAACUGUUUAAGGCUUGUUAUUGUCUCUCCCUUCUUGGAUACUUUCCAUCGGCGCCGAUAGAGAAACUCCUUCAGGGUUCCACCUUAGAAAUGCUGAGUUCCAGAGAUAGGCAUCUCAAGAAACUGGAGCAAAUGGUUCAAACGGUGCACAUGUGCCUCCGUCUUGACCGUCCUGUACUGUCUCAGACUGCGGGGGUCCCCGCAUGCGUGCUGGGUGAAGUGACAUCCGGGCAUUCGGCGGAAAAUCAGCGACUCUCGCGGGUACUGCGAAGGGUGUUGUCCCACCGAGCAGAUGUAGCUCUUCAGGAAAUGGUGGUGGUGGAGAACGUUUACUUUCUAGACGCUGUGAUUAGCAAAACUAUGAUCAACCAAACUUCGGACGAAGAAAAACAAGCACAAAGAAUGGCAGUUCUUUGUCCGGCUCCCUCUGCUUUCUGCUUCGGUACAACCCACCCCCGAGGUCCGCUAGCUGUCAAACUUCGCCAUUUAAAGAUUCUAGGCUAUCUUCCAAUUAUGAUAACCGAACAGGAACUGACGUGUGAAGAGAAGGCGGCACAAAUCCUCACAGAGCGGAUUUUUACAGAAAUUCCGGCACCGACAUGACCAUAGCCAUAAGUAACAUUUAUUGUCAAUAAAUAAAUUGAGACUCAUUUACAGUGCCUGUCAUAAGUAUACAUGCCCUUGGAUGUUUUCCCUUUUUAUUGCAUUCAUAAAUCAAUUGUGGUCAAAACAAUUUGGCAUUUUUAACACAAACAUUUAUUGGGAAAAAAAUAUGUACAGUGGUAUGAAAAAGUAUCUAAAGCUUUUGGAAUCUCUCACAUUUCUGCAUAAAAUCACCAUCAAAUGUCAUCUGAUCUUUCUAAACAUAGCACUGAUGUAAAAACAGUGUUUGCUUUAACUAAAACCACCCAAACAUUGCAAACAAUUAUUGAAGGGGGGAAAAUAAGUGAACCCUCUGCCUAAGGAGACUUAAAGAGCAAUUGAAAACAAUUUUUACCCAAAAAAUUAAGUCAGGUGUGUGCCCAAUCACUGAUGAGUGGUUUGAAGCUACCUUGCCCACUAUAAAACACACACCUGGUAAGAUCUGAAGACCUGCGAUCAAGGAUUGUUGAUUUGUAUAAAGCUGGGAAAGGAUACAAAACCAUCUCUAAAAGUCUGGAUGUUCAUCAAUCGACAGUCAGAGAUGUUUUCUCCAAAUGGAGAGAGUUUGGCACUGUUGCUUCUCUCCCAAGGAGUGGCGGUCCAUCAAAGAUAAUGCCAAGAAUUCAGCGCAGAAUACUCAGAGAGGUAAAAAAGAACCCUAGAGUCUCUUCUAAAGACUUACAGAAAUCACUGGCACAGUCCAAUCUCUCUGUCCACAAAUCAACUAUAUGUAAAACUAAAGCCAAGAAUGGUGUUCAUGGGAGGACUCCGUGAAGGAAGCCACUGCUGUCUAAAAAAAAACAACAACAUUGUUGCGCGGUUAAUGUUUGCAAAAAGGCACUUAGAUACGCUACAGAAGUUUUUGGAGAAGUUUUGGUAAAAAAUAUUUUGUGGACUGAUGAAACCAAAGUUGAAUUGUUUGGGAGUAACACACAAUGUCAUAUGUGGAGGAAAAAUGGAACAGCUCACCAACAUCAACACUUCAUCCCCACCGUGAAGCAUGGUGGAGGGAGCAUCAUGAUUUGGGGCUGUUUUGCUUCCUCAGGGAUGUUUUGAAGUUUGACCUGAGGUCAUCUGUCAGACAGUUGAAGCUAAAAAGAGGAUGGAUGCUGCAACAAGACAAUGAUCCAAAACACAGAAGUAAAUCAAUUUCAAAAUGGUUUCAGAAGCACAAAAUACACGCUGUGGAGUGGCCAAGUCAAGACUUGAACCCCAUUAAGAUGCUGUGGCAUGCCAGACAUCCAGUGAAUCUGACUGAACUACAGCAGUUUUGUAGAGAAAAAUGGGCCAAGAUUAGUCCUGACUCCUGAUCGAUGUGCCAGACUGAUCUGCAGCUGCAGGAAGUGUCUGGUUGAAGUAAUUGCUGCCAAAGGGGUUGGGGGGGGGGGGCAAAAAAACUUUAAAUGUGAUGGUUCACUUACUUAUUUUUCCCCCUUCUGUCAUUGUUUGCGUCCGAUCUUCAUUAAAAUAUGAAAACCUAUACAUGUUUGGGUGGUUUUAGUUAAAGCAUCUGUUAUUUUGACAAAGAUCAGAUCACAUUUGAUGGAGGCCGGAGUCACCAGACAGGACCCAGGUGCAGACUAUGCAAAGAGGCCCUUGAGACAGUCCAGCACAUCACAGCAGGGUGUAAGAUGCUGGCAGGCAAGGUAUACAUGGAACGUCAUAACCAGAUAGCACGCAUAGUGUACAGCAACAUCUGUGAGAGACCCCAGAGUCAAGGUGGGCAACACCUCCAAAUAGGGAUGGGAAUUGAUAGGAUUUUUACGAUUCCGAUUCCAUUAUCGAUAUUGCUUAACGAUUCGAUUCUUUAUCGAUUCUCUUAUUGAUUCUAAUUUGGGGAAAAAGAACAAACGUUUUGAUUGACAUUGAGUUUGUUUAAUCAGAAGUCACAACCUUACAAACUCACAACAAGGUCAAAAGAGGCCCAAAGCCUCCAUAUUAACUGUGGCAAUAAGUGGCAAAUGCACAAGAAUGUGUAACAUUUUACUGAAACAUUUUUCUAAUAAAAAAUAUUGGUAUAUAUUGGCAUAUAGGUCGUUGGUCUGCCGUUAGCAAUAUGUGUUAAACUUGCAGGGGUCCCCAAACUUUUUCCAGUGAGGGCCGCAUAACUUUUCCCUUCUCUGAUGACUGGCUGGGGUCAGUUUGUAACAGAAAAAGUGUGACGAUUGCAGGAGUGUCUAAAUGUAAAAAAUUGUUGUUUUCUCCAGAAAGCCACAAUCAAAUAACCCUUUCUGUAUUCUUAACGGAACAAAAGUAAAUAAAAUAAAAAUAAUAAUAUAAUAUAAUAAUAAUUAAUAAUAAUAACACUAUUAAUCAAAUAGAUAAUAACCAAAUAACCCUCUCUGAGUUCUUCACAGAAAAAGGCCAGAAAAUAAUUAACACUAUUGAGAAAUUUUUUUUUUCAAAAUGCUCUCUGGUAUUGGUCAGGGGCCCGGACCAAAUGUCGGGGCGGGCCAUACUCGGCCCGUGGGCCGUAGUUUGGGGACCCUGUUAAAGUGUAUUAUUUACCAGUAUAGACCCCACUCACAUGACGUCACAACCACGCCUCCGCGCCAUAUUGUCCGUCAGGUCGUCGUGUUUAUGCAUUACCGCUACAUAAAUUCCUCCUAUUAUGGCGUGUUUUUCUGCUCGUUAACAUUAAUAAUCAUAAUGGUGAAGGCGUGUGUGGCGGUUGGUUGCAGUAUCAGAGAAGAUAGACGGAGAGACUUGAAAUUCUACUGUAUUCCGAGAGACCCGGAGAGGAGAGCGAGAUGGACUGCUGCAAUUCGACGAGAAAACUGGGAACCAAACGAUCACCACAGAUUAUGUAGUAGUCAUUUUAUAUCUGGUAAGAUGCAUUUAAUAUAUAUUUAGAGGGUUUUGGGCUGACAACCACAAUUAAGAUCAUUGCGAGGCUAAUCGCCGACAACAUACAGUUUCAAAUUCAAGAUGCUUAUUUCUUCCACCAUCAUUAUAUUUUGAAUAAUAUUUAGCUGGUACCAAGUGAAAGAAGCUGGCCUCGUCUACGGAUCAUCAGUUAAACAGGUGUGUCCAAACCUUUUGCAAAGGGGGCCAGAUUUGGUGUGGUAAAAAUGCGGGGGCUACCUUGGCUGAUUUACAUGAACAAUAUUCAUUCAUUCAUUUUCCAUGCCGCUUUUUUUCCUCAUGAGGGUCGUGGAGGUGCUGGAGCCUAUUCCAGCUAACUAUGGGCAGUAGGCAGGGGACACCCUGAAUAUUUAAACACAUUUUAGCAAGCCCUUCUGUGUGUCACAUUUGCUUUAUUGUUUUUUUUAAUUCAUAAUUUCAACAAUCUCGUCUUUGUGGCGUUCUCUUUCGACACUCGGGCUCUUGCGAAAUACUGCUGCUGUGAAAUUAAACUAGCUUCAAGUUGCUAUAAUUUCUUGCUGCGUAUCUUCCCUGUAAUGUUGCUGUGCAUGUCAGCGUGUCUUGUUCGGUAAUAUCAUUAUCGCGUCACAUCGAACUGUUUGAAAACAGCAACUGUCUCUUUGCAAAUGAGGCAGACACAGUUGUUGCGUGUUUUAUUGAAGAAAUAGUCCAAUAUCCACCUAUCUUUGAAGCGUCGGCCAUCGCAGUCAACUUUUUUUUUUUUGAUUGUCGCCAUUUUGGAAAAUUGGAAGUAAAGGGUCACACGGGGUAAUGUUGCUUAGAGUGCUGCUCUUAAAGUUUUUCAAACUUUCGUGAGAAUAGGCUGAUUUUGUGUGGACAAGAUAGUUGGAGAUAUCAGGGUAGCAGAUGUCAGGCAGAGACGGCGAAGACAGCGGUCGAAAAAUAUCGAUGUAGGCAUAAAAUAUGGAUCUGGCGAAUGGAUAGACUGAAGCUUUUCCACAUAACGCCUUUUAUGCAACGCAUCCAAUGAGUUUACAGCGUCUGAAAGCACCGGGGCUUCCAUGAAUUGCACUAUAAAUUGCACGACAAAUUGCAACCAUUGAGAAUACGGAUAAACAAUGACGGACAAUAUCGUGGCCGGAUACAGAGACACGUCAUUGUGUGACGUUGGUGAGUGGGGUCUAUAUUGAAAUACAUGCCUUUUAGUUUUUAUGGUGCUUUCACGCUCAAGUGGGGGCGCCCUUGCGCUUCUUCACGCGAAGAAGAACGCGCUCACGCGAAGAAGAAGAAAUGCCGCAUCCAAGCCAGUGAGCGAGUUAGUGAGAGAGCGAAGCACUGCUACGACCCUACGUUCUUUGUUAAUGCUUGUAAAAUAUCUACAGAGGCAACGCCUGUAUGUAUCAUCUUUUGUGUUGUUGUUGUGUGUUUCCACUCGCGAUCGGACACUUAAAUCCAGUUGUGUAGUGGUUUGAACGAUGUGCUAAUGCUAGUGAACGCAUGCUAACGGUUUUGUUAUUACUGAAUUAGCAGCUAAUCAUCGCUGAUUUACGUUGAGGCAAACCUAUUUGUUAUUUGGGACGAAAUUGACUUGUUUCAUUUCUAUUUUUACUUCCACUCUUCAAGUGAUGGUUGAAUAAAGUCAGCAAAUUAUACCAACGUCUUCUGUAUCGUCAUUUCGGAGUUUAGCUAGCUGUAUAGCUGUCUCUGUGAGGACAGUGCAGUCUAUUCCCUUCCGAUGCAGUUAUCUGCACCUUCCCUCCCGAUGCAGUUAUCUCCACCUUGCAAUGAUUGCAAGUCGUUUUGUUGUAAUUUUUCCUCGUGAAGUGAAGACACACUUUAGAGCGUUUGAACCUACGUGCUGUCAUUGUUAUGGUUACGGCUGCAAUGCUCGUGCUAAACCAUCGUAACCUUUCAUUUUCACCCUCUUUCCUGGUGAAAUGUAGCCAAACUUUGGAGCGGGUGGUUCUUGGCGCCAUGCUAGUUUGAUGCGUUUGGACAACAAGACGGUCACGACGCAAUAUGCGUCUUCAGGACUCGUUAAAGGGAUCGUUAAGGCUUUUUCAUUGUGAUGUCGAGGCCUCGAAACACUAGGAACCGGUUCCGAAUUGGAAUCGGAUUUCGAUUCCCAUCCCUACCUCCAAAGGUGGUCGAGAACAACCGAGCCAAGAUCCUGUGGGACUUCCAGAUUUAGACAGAAAAACUGGUGAUGGCCAACCAGCCUGACAUAGUGGUGGUGGAUAAACAUCAGGAGACAGCAGUAUUGAUAGAUGUAGCAAUCCCGGGCAAUAGCAAUUUCAGGAAAAAAACACGAAAAGCUGGAGAAAUAUCAAGGGUUGAAGGAAGAGUGGGGAGUGAAGGCAACAGUGGUGCCAGUAGUGAUCAGGACACUAGGGGCAGUAACCCCCAAUCUGGGUGCAUGGCUCCAACAGAUACCUGGAAAAAUGUCCGACAUCUCCGUUCAGAAGAGCGCAAUCCUAGGGACAGCUAAGAUCCUGCGCAGAACCCUCAAGCUCCCAGGCCUCUGGGAGGACCCGAGAUUGAAAGGAGAGACCAUAGCGCCCGGAUGGGCGAGACAACAAUUUUCAUAUAUAUAUACAGUGGGGCAAAUAAGUAUUUAGUCAACACUA